GAGCAGAUUAGCCACAGUAGUGAACAGUGAUGAGAAAGUGAUGACGGCUUGAUGUUUAGGUUUUUAAAAGAAGGCAAGAGAAUCGUGUUCUUGUUUUAAAGGGUGGCUGACCAAAGACUUUACAAAACACGAAGCCAAAAAAUGCUUUGCCACGUUACUCGCCCGGACUCGGUGGUGAUGGAAGUGGAAGUUGACGCGAAGGCGAACGGAGAAGACUGUCUUAAUAAGGUUUGCAGAAAGUUGGGCAUCAUUGAAGUGGACUACUUUGGGUUGCAGUUUACUGGCAGCAAAGGAGAGAAUUUGUGGCUGAAUCUGAGGAACCGCAUCUGCCAGCAGAUGGAUAACGUGACACCCUGUCGGCUGAGGCUGCGGGUCAAGUUUUUUGUGGAACCCCAUCUCAUCCUGCAGGAGCAGACAAGACACCUGUUCUUCAUGCAUGUGAAGGACGACCUCCACAGUGGACACCUUCGGAUGUGCUCCGAACAGGCAGAGGAGCUAAGUGCUCUGCUGGCACAGGCAGAGUUCGGAGACUACAACCAAAACACGGCUCAGUACUGGUAUUCAGAGUUGUGUGGAGAGGAGCCAGACACUGCUACCAUGAACAGCAUUGUCUCCAGACACAAAGCUUUAGAGGGUUUCAGCCAGGCCUCAGUAGAGUACCAGGCCCUGCAGCUCAUCUCUGCCUUGGAGCAUUACGGCGUGGAGUGGCACUGGGUUCGGGAUGCAAAUGGUCAGCGCUUGGCUAUUGGAGUCGGGCCAGAGGGGAUCGCCAUUUGUAAGGAGGACUUCAGUCUAGUUAACAGAGUGAGCUAUCCCAUCAUCCAGAUUGCCACGCAGUCGGGGAAAAGUGUCUACCUAACUGUAACAAAGGACACAAACGACAGCGUUGUUCUUUUAUUCAAGUUGAUCAGCAACCGGGCAGCGAGCGGUCUGUACCGAGCCAUCACAGAGACGCACGCCUUCUACAGGUGUGAUACAGUUACCAAUGCAGUGAUGAUGCAGUACAGCAGAGACUUUAAGGGCCACCUGGCUUCUCUAUUCCUGAAUGAAAACAUCAAUGUGGGCAAGAAAUACGUCUUUGACAUCAGAAGAACCUCCAAGGAAGUGUACGAUCACGCUCGCCGUGCGCUGUACAACGCUGGCGUUGCAGACUUGGCGUCCCGCUCGGAGAGCAGCCUGCGCUCUUCUCCUUCCAGCUCCCCAUCCAGGGACAGCCAGCAGGACAAGGAGCUGGACUGCAGCAGCUGCCAGCAGAGCCGUGCCCUGCAGGAACGGCUGCAGAAACUCAAAGAAGCCCUGCUGUGCAUGUUGUGUUGCGAGGAGGAGAUAGACGCAGCUUUUUGUCCCUGUGGCCACAUGGUGUGCUGCCAGAACUGUGCAAAUCAGCUGCAGCUGUGUCCGGUGUGUCGGUCAGAGGUGGAGCAUGUCCAGCACGUCUACCUGCCCACCUGCACCAGCCUCCUCAGCCUGACGCUAAACGACAACCACCAUCACCGCAGCAGCGUUCCCACUCCCAUCCACAGGGACACAGACUCUCCCGACAGCUGCUCCACCACGGAGUAUGAACACAAGCUCUGCCAUGCGUAAAGACUUGAGAAACUCCCCACAACUCCACUAUGGACACUUUAAACUCCAGCAGCAGAAUUUCACAAAGAAACAUGCCUCAUUAAUUCAUACUCCACACCUUUGGAUUACUCCGAGCAUUUUUAUUUUUAUUUUUUUCCCACAUUGUCAAACACCCCAGUUGGAUUCUUUUUUUUAGAUCUUGCUCUUAUUGUUAAAUUAUGGUAUCAGUUGAUCUGAUACUGAAUUAUAAUCAUUGCAGUUGUUUUUUUUUCAAUUGCAUUUCUUGGCUCAUGGCUCCAGAAAUCUUUUUUUGUUUUUUAAGAGUAGCUAACCAUGAUGGUGGUUUGAUUUGUAAGUUAUAUUUUAAUGUUUCUGAAUUUUUUUAAAACUCUUGUUUUACUUUACAGAUUUUAUUUUGGGGUUUAGGAGAGCGCGUUGGAGUUUUGUCUUUUUUUUUUUUCUCCCCAAACACAAUAAGGAGUAUUUAGACUAAGCAUCCUUGCUGCCAAAUACAUUUCUGGAUACUAAUUGGUUAUAAGAGGCAGUAAGAGCACCACGCUCUUGUCCAACACUCCCUGAACAGUUUAACUCCAAAACUCUGCUUAAUUAUAGAGUAAAAUAUGGAAACUGGUUCUUACAGAAACUAAAAUUGGCCCAAAGUGCAAGCUGCUUCUUCUAAAUAGUCUGUGAUAAAUUUGUCUUCAGGAUUUUAUUAGUUUAUUUUCUUGGAUAUUUUAAAGGGUACUUGGAGAUAUUUGUGCAAUACUUGCUUGUUUCGCCAAGCUUUUCGUCGUCUGUUUUAUUUAAAUUCAAAGACUAUUUAAUGCAAAAAGUGUCACUUUAUAAAGUUUUUCAUGUCCAUUGGGAGGUUUUGCCAUAAUGUAGCAGCAAACCUUUUCUUUUCCUUUUCUUUUCAACUUUUUUUUUUUCAGACAUUUUGUAUUUCUUAUAAAGAAAAAUGUAGUUUCUGUAAUGUGGACAAGGUUGAGUUCAGUCACUGCAGGGGGAGGACUUUAGUUCUCUCAAUAGUGAUUUGUUUCUGUUUUCUGAAGCAAAUGCCAGAGUUUUCUGUAAAUUAACUCAAAGUGAAGGCUUUUUUUUGUGAACACUUUGCUUUUUAAAUAUGAGAAAGUAUUAAUAAAGAUUCUUUUUUUU